AAAAUUAGAGCCGUCCGUGAUUUUUUACAAUUUAUCACUGAAAUUCAAUCGUUUUCAAGCUUGCUGGUUGUGUAAAACACAAACAGCUUAGCGAUGCCGGUCGAAUGCGGUCGCUUUUCACCGAUGACCAAGCUGUACAUCAACAGCAGUGUGUUGUCGAUCGCGUUGAAUGCCACUUUUUUCGCGUUCGUAAUCUACGCCGACAAGCUGUACGACAUCGGUAAGUGUUGGUCGUCGUAUGUGUUACUGUUACUUCCGGGUAUCGAACUGCUGAAGGAUUACUACGUUCGGAAUGCGUUCCAACUGGAGGGGCUCGCCAAAUCGUCGUCAGCCAGCGGCACUAGUAGUGGGCUAGGUCAACCCGGUAGUAGGCUUCCGAAGAACCAAACAAAGCGACCUUCCCCCGUCAGAGAACUGAUCGGUGCUCUGUUGGUCUUCCUGCUCACCAUGCUGUUCUAUGGUUUCAUAUGCUUGAUUCUGGGCGCACCUCUGGAUCAGUAUGAGGAAACUACCUCCCUGGCAUUGACACUGACCACGUUGACCAUCUUCCCCGUCAUUCUGUUCAUUGGACAUACGGAAACGCUUCAGCUACUGUUCACGGAAACGCUAGAGCUGCGUACCCCGUUGGCCAAUGGCUAUUUGAAGCUGCUGAAGAACAACUGCAUCGGGGUGAUUUUGGGUGCCUGGGGAGCAUCGGUAGUGGCUCCGCUGGAUUGGGAUCGUCCCUGGCAAGUGUACCCGGUGCCAAAUGUGGUGGGAGCCAUUGGGGGUGCCUUCGGGAUGAGCGUCUACACAUUGCUCAGUACGACCUAUUAUGCGUUCUGCUGCAAGGCCGGCACGAAGAAGCAAAUGGUGUGAGGUGGGUUGACCUGACCGGUUUGGUAUUCUAGUCGAGAGUGUGUUUUGAUUUAUUUAAAAA